GACAGAGUCCCGUCUUGUUCCACUGGGAAACAACAGCAGCAGCAGCAGCAGCAGGUGAUUUUAAAAGGAAGGGAACUAUCAGAGGACGAUGCGGCGUAUGCGCUGUCGCUCCAGGACAAUCUGUCUCUCCUUGGCCUUCAUCGCCAUUUUCCUCCACCUCCUCCUGGCGCUUGUCUCCCUUCCCAUUUACCACCAGCCCUGUGGCACCCCACUGCCACCCGGGACACACAUCCUGAGAGACCUGGCACACAUCGGCUACACCUCUGUGGGGAUCAGAGGUCUAGCUGAACCACCAGCUGAGACCACACGGAGAGAUUCUUCCAGUAAGGACGCCAAGGGUCGUGUGCAAACACUUUCUGACGUGAGAGAAGGUAAAUAUGACUCAGUGGAGAUGCCGGUCAAUGUGGGUCACUACGGCACCAACCGAGCCGAACCUGUGGAGUCUGGGCAGUUGAAGCUGGAGGCGCUGUUUGACCAUCCUCUGUACAACAUGCCCAGCCCUCCGAUCCCGGAGGAGGACUGGCUGUUGAAAGUGAAACCAAAAGUGAAGGCCAGUGAGAAGAGCUCCCAGAUGUGGGUGAGUGCCAGCCAGGAGGCCUACGAGGACGUCCAGUGGAACAGCAGCAGUAACAGCCAUCCUCCCUGGCUGCGCUUCCACCUGGGCAUCUCCCGCUGGCAGCUGUACUCCCAUCGUGACCCCAACAUGGAGCCGCUGACCCAGCAGCUCGCCACACACCGCAUCGUCAGCGCAGUGCAGAAGUCUGGAGGGACGCAACUGAAGCUGGUGCUGUCAUUUCCCAACUAUGGACAGGCCAUGUUCAAACCCAUGAAGCAGGAGAGAGAUGAAGAAACCAAUUACAACCUCUUUUACUUCUCCGACUUUGAGAGACACAAUGCAGAAAUCGCAGCUUUUCACCUGGACAGGGUUUUGGGUUACAGGAGAGUCCCACCAGUGGUAGGGAGGCUGGUGGACGUGGUCAAGGAGAUAAAAGACGUCACCACCGACCACAAGCUGGCUCGGACCUUUUUCACCUCCCCUGUGGGCUGUGUGUGUUUCUACGGCCAGUGCUCCUACUACUGUUCAACAGAGCACGCUGUGUGUGGCCGUCCCAGAGACCUGGAGGCCUCCUUGGCUGUCAUGCUGCCGGAUCUGUCCCUGGCGUCCCGCAGGACUUGGAGGUCCCCCUGGAGACGCUCCUACAGCCGCAGCAAGCUGGCAAAGUGGGAGUCAGAAGCAGACUACUGUUCUACGGUGAAAAAGACCCCGCCAUACAACAAAGACUCCAGACUGGUGGACUUCAUAGAUAUGGUCAUCCUGGACUUCUUGAUGAGUAACAUGGACAGGCACCAUUAUGAAACUUUUGAGAAGUUUGGCAACAAUACUGCUCUGAUACAUCUUGACAACGGGAGGGCAUUCGGGCGUCACUCCAAAGACGAGCCCUCUAUCCUCGCUCCUCUGGAACAGUGUUGCAGAAUCCGUCGCUCCACCUGGCUACGCCUGCGUAUGCUGUCUCUGCCACGGUAUCGUCUCAGUGAUGUCAUGAGGGCCUCGCUCUCCCAUGAUCCCCUUCACAGCGUGGCUCCACUGCUGUCGGAGCGCCACCUCGCUGCUCUCGACCGCCGCUUGAAACACGUGCUGGAGACUGUAAGUCGUUGCCAAAAGAGACACAGUGACGAUGAGGUCAUCUAUGAUGACGUCGCCUACUUGAAAGACACGGUGACGCCUGCUGGGUAGGACAGUCUGUACCUCCCGUAUGUUAUGAUAUCUAUGUUACAUGAUUACAUGACACACUAGCACACGCAAAAUGCUGUCAGCAGUUACAUUACUAAAGUUAUUAUUAUUAUUAUUAUUAUUAUUUCCAGCUACAGUAAACC